UGGGCCGCACGCAAAAAUGCCCCGGGGCGAGGAGCGCGGACCUAGUCAGAGCAGCGGAGGGUGUUUUUUGAAGGGAAGCAGAAGCGGCAGAGCUCCGGGAAUAAAAAAAAAUCUGUAUACACGGGAGGGGGGGUAAAAAAUAUGUCGGCGUUUUUGGGGCAGAGGAGGAUUGUGGAAAAGCAAAAGGCGAGAGCUAGAAACGAGGCCCGACAGUUGUAAUGUUAGCGCUGAGGGGAGGGGAAGGAGAGGGCAGCUGUCCCCGCUUGAUUGAUUGACUGAUGUGGGAAGGAUUUGAGGAUCAACCGGGGCUUGCCUGGUUGGCCACCUGUCCCUGCUCUCUAUAAUGCCCCAGUGUUUGCAGCAACUGCAGUGAACGUGAUGGCAGCCCAGUCGGUUUCCAUAGACAAGUACCCAAAGGGAGAGCAGCAGAUGCAAGGUGUGAAUGUGAUAAAGGUAGGCGACGAUUCCGAGCAGAAGUUUUUAGAGGGGACGUUGGCAGAGGCGCCCAGCCCGGCACCCACAGAGCCACAGACACCCAUGGACGCGGACAAAGCAUCCAUAUAUCGGCAUCCCCUGUUCCCCCUCCUGGCCCUGCUGUUUGAGAAGUGUGAACAGUCCACGCUGAGCUCUGAUUGUAUCACCUCGGCGAGCUUCGACGUGGACAUUGAGAACUUUGUCCGCUGUCAGGAGAAGGAGGGCAAACCCUUCUUCAGCGAGGACCCUGAACUCGACAACUUGAUGGUGAAAGCCAUCCAGGUGCUGCGGAUCCACCUGCUGGAGCUGGAGAAGGUGAGUGACCUGUGUAAGGACUUCUGCAGCCGCUACAUCGCCUGCCUCAAGACUAAGAUGAACAGCGAGACUCUGCUGAGUGGAGACCCAGGGAGCCCGUACUCCCCCGUACAAGGACAGGUCCAGGGCUUUUCACCUACCAAGACUCCGGUAUGGACUACCCCCAGCUCUAUCUCAGGGACCAUCAGUCCCCAGGGUCAAAUUGUGGUGCCAGCAUCGGCCCUGCAGCAAGGGAACGUUACGGUAACAGCCGUCAACCCCAGCCAGAUGGUUGCAGGUAUGUCACCAUGGCAUACAACCCCUCCCUCAGGUGGCACGGUGUACCAGCCUGUUACAGUCGUCACUCCUCAGGGCCAGGUGGUAACACAGGCUCUUUCUCCCGGGACAAUACGCGUCCAAAACAAUCAGCUCCAGCUGCAGUUUCACCAGGACUUAAACCUCUUUAAUCACGACGACAACUCAACCAAGAACAAACGUGGCGUUCUACCCAAACACGCCACCAAUGUCAUGCGCUCGUGGCUCUUCCAACACAUCGGGCACCCGUAUCCAACAGAAGAUGAAAAGAAACAGAUUGCCACUCAGACAAACCUGACACUUCUGCAGGUCAACAACUGGUUUAUAAAUGCACGGAGGCGGAUCCUGCAGCCCAUGCUGGACGCCAGCUCCUCUGAGACGCCAAAAUCCAAGAAGAAGACACCUCAGAACCGGCCACUGCAGCGCUUCUGGCCUGACUCCAUCGCCACAGGGGGAGGCACCCAGCAGCAAGUUACCAUGCCAGACGGCACAAUGGUGACGAUGAACAUGGAGGGUCUGCAGAGCCUGACGUCAGACGGCGCCACACUGGCGGUACAGCAGGUGAUGAUGGGAGGCCACAGUGAAGACGAGUCGGGGGAUAGCGGAGAUGAGGACGAUGAUGCAGACAUGGCCGGGCUGGGCCUGGACAACAGCGACUCAUUGCAGUAGAGGACACACUCCCUCACACUCUGUUCUACACAUACACUGCCUUGCAAAAGUAUUCAUCCCCCGUUUUUCUUUUUUUGACGUUUUCCCCUAUUUUGUUUGCAUUGCAGCCUGUAAUUUAAACAUUUUUAAUUUGGAUUACAUGUAACGGACCUACAGAAAGUAGUAAAAAUUGGUAAAAAUGAAAAGAAGAAGAAAAAACUUGCCAAAAGGCCUGUUGGAGACAAAGGCCCCCCUCCAGACAUGUUUAAAGUAUGUAAGAACAAUCUGCCAUGAUUAAUAUUUUCUUCAACAUGGUUUUCACAUAAAAAGUCAAAGGGGCUGGAAUCACCUCUUUCAGAAUGUAGGUGCAGCUCACUUCUCUUAAAUUGGAUCCCCGGCUCCUCCACUUGCCUCCCUACCUCGUGUCUUAGUCCGUCCCACCGAGGAAGCACAGGAGAGACGCAAGGAAAUCACGGGAGGAGAGAGGAAACCAGUUUUUAGAGGGAUGAGACGUCCUUAACCCUGAAGUGUCACGUUAAUUUGUCAGCUGAACGGGCUAGGUUAGGGCCAGAACAACUUCCGGUUCAGACAGGACGCUGCGUGGCCGAGGCGAAUAGUUUCGGCGUUCUGUCUGAACUCAACCUCAGUCAGACUCCAAUGAAGAGUCUGUUGUGCACUAAAAUCGGUGACUAGAAGAUGUAUCAGAAUGGUUAAGUGUAGUUAGCAUCUUUUGUUUGUUUAUGUCUGUUAGCUUAUAACUGUCAGUGGCAGACAGCUACGAUGACACUGUGUUUUUGCUCUCUGUAGUGACUGUCUUGGCUGGCUUUUGCGUAUUAGAUAGAGAUUGGUUCACGGAUUAGUGACGUACCUAAUCUAGUUUGCACGGGGUAGGUUUGAGUCUCAGAUUUCAGGGAAUUGCACAAGCAUCUCCCCAUUCAGGAGAGGAAUGUGAAAACACCUCUCUGGUGACAAAGUUUGCACAGAUACAAGCAGGCCUCCAGGAAGAGCGCUCUGCCUUGGAGCCCGUUUUGUCCAGUGGCCAGUAGCAGCAUCGCAAUGACUUACACCGCUAAUUCAUGGACUUUUUAUAUUUGAAAACCUCCCGAGAUCCGGAAAAGGUGAUUUUUAAAAACCUGCGAUGUCAGAGGGAGAAACACUACUGCGCAUAUUUAGUGGGCCGCAUAUCACGGAAGUAAACCUGGAAACUU